AUGGUUGCUAUUAGAGGCAGCAAUAGUGGACGCAGCUUGCUACUACCGCUGGAAGACGAAGUUAAAAUUGAAGAGACCGACGAAACAUUAGAUGAUCUGAAUGAUAUCCUCAAUUUGGAGGAGUUCGACGACAUAUUGUUUGAUUUAAUCGACGGUGACAUUAACGGCCUUCCACCCGAACCGUGUCCGUUGGUAGUUUGUCCCAGGGUUGGAAAUGUCUCCCAUUGGCCUUCUCCGCCGGUAGUACCAUCACAGUUACCAUUAAAGCCAGAAUCAAGCACUACGGCUAACAAGCAACCGAUGCGUAUUACACCGCUGAGUAUUGCAGUAGCACCGCCAACUGAGUUGCCCGAAUGGUUAGUGAAAGCGGAAACAUUCGACGAUCCAACACAUCAGCUUUGCCUUAUCGAAGUGCAAGAUUGCAAUGCAAAUAAUCUAGAGCUGCUGUACCUGCACGUGGAUAAGACGGUAGACGGUUCCCAGAACGCAGCGAGUAUGCAGGAAAACGAAUCGACUGUCGAUGUGGUAAGCAAUCCCGAGCAUGAAAACACUAAUCCGAAGGUACCGCCGUGUGUUCUGCCACCCCAAAACGAGGAGCCAAUAGCCAUGAAGUCUAGCGAGGAGAACACGCUAAACACUGCCAAGGAUGGUGGUUUUACGCUAGUAGACGAAAUAAUUCGAAACCAUUUGCACAAAUUAUCCACAAUUAUUGUUCCGGUGCUGGAAAGCUCGGUUCCGUCGUGUUCAAACGCAGCGGUAAAAUCUCGUCGAAAGCAAACGUUAAUUUCAUAUAGAAAUAUUGCCGAGGAAAUGGUAGUUCAUCCUGAGGGAACAGUGCACACAGAGCUGCCAGUCCAGGCAUCUACUGGGAAUACCAUAAAACAGAUAGAUGAUGGUGGCGUGGCUGCAGAAUGCUCAGCAUCCUUCACCGUGGCAACCGCAAGCACGUCUAGUCCUGGAACUGACAUUCAACAAAACGUUGGCACAAGCCCUGAAGAACUAUGA